GGACAUUACAACUGCAGCUGAGGCCAGCGCAUCUAAGAGACAGGACGCCAUCACUCUUGGACAGCUGUACACCAGCCGCAGCGAACCAACAUCCCUGUGGAGACAGGACGCUGGAUUUGGAGUCUUCUCUUCUUCAACAGCUUAUAGCAGCAUUUCUUCUUUCUAGUAUAAUAAAAGAUAUAUUCAGAAAUAUAGGUAUAUUCCUGACAAUAUGAGCUGUCAGGGCAGUAGUCUGAAUAACACACAGGACACACUGGAUAAGUCUUUGCUCUGUUAUAACAAAGGAUGUGGGCAACGAUUCCUCUCUGAGAGUAACACUGCAGAUUCUUGUCUCUUCCAUCCAGGAUACCCUAUUUUUCAUGAUGCAUUGAAGGGCUGGUCUUGCUGUAGGAAGCGCACAACAGACUUCUCUGAAUUUCUCGCUAUAAAGGGCUGCACCAAAGGCUUUCACAGCAAUGAGAAACCACCUGAACAAUUAAAACCUGAUAUUAGUGGAAGUAAAACUGCAACUGACAGUCCAGGGUCAAAAACAUGUACAGAAAUCAUUGUGCAAGGUCCCAAAUCUGCCGAAAAGAUGCAAAAAGAGAGACCAAGGACACAGGAACAGAUGACUCCUCUUGUGCUCAAAGUGUCUCGAUCACUUGAACAAGAAAUUGAAAAGCUGACAUUGGAAUCAAGUAAAGAAUCAGAAAAACAAGUUAACACUACAGUAACAUUAUUAGGGACAAGAUGUAAGCACUCAGGAUGUAAAGUGAUCUAUCAAGGGCCAGAAAAUGAAGUAGAAAACUGUGUAUAUCACCCUGGAGUGCCAGUGUUUCAUGAAGGGAUGAAGUACUGGUCCUGCUGUGCUAUAAAAACAAGUGACUUCAAUGAGUUUUUGGAACAGAAAGGAUGCAGCACUGGGACACAUCUGUGGGUGCAGCCACCUGAGAAGCAAAAAGUGUCAUGUCGGUAUGACUGGCACCAGACUAGCAGUCUUGUUGUCAUCACUGUUUAUGCCAAAACCGCUCUGCCGGAUUUAACAAAAGUUCUUGCCAAUCGUACCCAGUUGGACAUUCAUGUUGUUUUUCAAGGAAAGAAGGAAUUCACAAAACAGUUGGAGUUGUGGGGUGUUAUUGACACAAAAAGCUGCUUCGUAAAUUUGCUGCCCAAUAAAGUGGAGAUCACCCUUAAGAAAUCUGACCCUGUGACAUGGGGUAGACUAGAGCUUUCAGUGGCUGUUCCACAGAUCACAGAUGAAACAGAACCAACAGAUCCUACAGCAGCCCCGGUGAAGGAUGUAGAUGAAAUCUCAGAUGAUGACCUCAGCUGGUCUGAAGAUGAGGAGUUUUGUGAAUAGAGUACCUGUCAUGAUCUUGAUAAUUUCUAUUAUUCCCCCAGUUCACUCCUCCAUCAUGAUAAACCACCCAUUAGCUCUAUGCACUGAGCUCUACUGUGUAUCAGCUUUACCCAGCAGCUGCAAAAAGAGCAAAAAUAUCCAGCACACUGUUUAGCACAAUAUUCAGCACUAUGCACAGAAGGCAUCAGGACUCUACAGCAGUGUUUU